GAAAUGCUGCUGCUUUUUUCCCUUCAUGGAGUGUGAAAAUAGCUUAACAAAAAAGUUAAGCUAGAAUGAAAGAAAUAGCUUUGGAUUAGCAGUUAGAAGAUGUGAUUUAUUCCCAGCCUGGCCACAGCCAGCUAGCCGUCUGAUCCUGCUUGGGCUACUACAGCAAAGAGAAUCCGAUGCAAGUGCAUGUCGUGGAGGAGGUCUUCUCUCUCACCUCCCAUACGCAAUUCACUUGGUCUUAUUCUUGCAGUACAAUCACAUUUUAUAUAGAAAUUGUUUCUAAGGCUCCUAUUUAAGGUGCACAUCACCUGUAUUAAAAAUACCACUGAAAAUAAUUGCAGAAGGCACCCCAUUGGAGAAUAGCUUGGAUGAAUCCAGCACAGUCAUUUCCUUCUUCCAGUGUUGUAACAGAUCACUAGCUCCUAAGUUGAAGCACCUGGCAGGCAUUUAGGGACCAUGUUUUAUGAAAAAUGCAUCUCUUUAAAUACUAGACUCAUACAGUGUUGUGAUGCACUAAGAUUGGCCUGUAAAAACUGAAACUGAGUGACUAUUCAUGUGUCACAUCUUGGUUUAAAUAGAAAAGAGGGCAAUUAAUGCAGUUAAUGGGACUACUGAAAUGCCCCUCCCUCCCAAAGUGAAUAAAAUUGAAUUUACUUGAGUUAUGUGGCUCUUUUCUGCAAAUCCAGUGUAUGGAGGAUCUUUCCUCUCCACUUUUAUUGCCAUUGUCUAACUUGAGGCCCUACUUAUUUAUUUCCCACCUCCGUCACUUCCAGUUCUCUCCAUAAAUGGCCACUCUAGAUCCAGGUUGCCUGUCAUCCAUGUUACACUCUUGUCCUAGAGUGGUCUUUGUAGCCGAUGCCGAUUCCUGAUUAGAAUGCUCCCACAGCAUUCAGACUUCCACAGGAGUGCUUCUCAUACUUCUCCAGCAACAUUCUGCAGUGCACAGGUUUGUGAGACUUUCAGCUGAACUCUCAUCUCUCAACACUGGCAAAUAUUCAUAAGAUCUACCACACCCUUAAUAAACUAAAUUUAACAGAAGACGUUGGCCAAGACGAUCACCAAACAGGAAGCCUGCGGUCUUGCAGUUCUUCAGACUGCUUUAGUAAAGUGAUGCCCCCAAGGAAAAAGAGAAGACCUGCUUCUGGAGAUGAUUUAUCUGCCAAGAAAAGUAGACAUGAUAGCAUGUAUAGAAAAUAUGAUUCAACUAGAAUAAAGACUGAAGAGGAAGCCUUCUCAAAUAAGAGGUGCUUAGAGUGGUUCUAUGAAUACGCAGGUACUGAUGAUGUUGUGGGUCCUGAAGGCAUGGAAAAAUUUUGUGAAGACAUUGGGGUUGAACCAGAAAAUAAGUGUUUAACCAGCCCCUCAUCAAUCAACACUUGGCUGUUUCAACCUUUUGUCACUACAAACAGCGCUGUAGUAGUUAUGCUGGUCCUAGCUUGGAAAUUGGAUGCACAAAAUAUGGGUUAUUUUACUCUACAGGAAUGGUUAAAAGGAAUGACUUCUCUACAAUGUGAUACAACAGAAAAACUCAGAAAUACUUUGGAUUAUUUACGAUCAUUAUUAAAUGAUUCCACAAACUUUAAGCUUAUUUACAGAUACGCAUUUGACUUUGCACGGGAAAAGGACCAGCGCAGCCUAGACAUAAACACUGCCAAGUGCAUGUUGGGACUGUUAUUAGGAAAAAUCUGGCCCCUUUUUCCAGUUUUUCACCAAUUCUUAGAGCAAUCAAAAUAUAAAGUGAUUAACAAAGACCAGUGGUGCAAUGUGCUGGAAUUCAGCAGAACAAUUAAUCUUGACCUCAGCAACUAUGAUGAAGAUGGAGCAUGGCCAGUUUUAUUGGACGAGUUCGUGGAGUGGUAUAAAGACAAACAGAUGUCCUAGGACUUUAUGCAUAGCAGCGAGAGAGUCACUGUUACCACAGUUAUGUCACCCAUUAGCCAUAAAUUGCUGUUUGUAUCAAAGCGCAUGCUGCUUUUCUUGCACUGUCUCCCUUUCGCAGGGAUGUUUUGGUGUUUGCUAUUGAUGGGCCAGCUCUGCUUGCUGUGUAGCAUUGUUCUCUUGGAAGGCUGCUUUGCAGUUUGUUAUUUACACUACAGAUUGGUGAAUUUGCCAACGUCCUCACUGUGAUUAUGUGUAUAUUGCUGUUUAAAUUUUGUAUAUGUGUAUAAAAAGAAAAAGCUUCACCUAGAGAUUAUUUCUGCAAAAAUGUAUUGUAAAAAUAAUUUUGUGGCAUAUUUCUAGUCCCUUUUUUCAAAUGAACCAGUUAUACUUUAUUUGGUCUCAAAUGUAGCAUUUCAGAAAACAAGACAAAACAACUGUUACCAUAAGCAAACAUUGCCAGAAUUAACUAUACUGUUUUAAGAGGCCAACUUCUGGAAGGAGGUAGGAGUCAUAACUUUUCCAUGGCAUAUGCCAAAUAUCAUUUGGUUUACUUGACAAUAUUAGCUUUUUAAAAUGACAAAAGUUAUAAUUAUUUGACUACUUAGACAGGUAACAUGCCACAGAUCAUUUCCACCAUGCAAGGUAUAGUAUUUUUGUUUUUUAAUGUUAAAACUAUAGUAGGUUGAAUAUAGGUACAAAGGAACAAAUUAACAUGCACCUUUUUUGACAUUUGGGGCUUAAAUUCUCAUGAACUUUCUUCAGUGGUCCCCCUACCCCGCCCUUUGCAUUCUUGUAGCCAGUGUUGGUCUGCUGAUGCUUUCUGUGCCACUCAAAGUCAAAUUUAUUUUGCCUACCCCAUGAAAACCUACUGGUUUGCUGGCAAUUUAUAACUGCAGAGCACUUUUUAGUUGUGGCUUGAAUUUUUAGUUAAGCUUUCAUGGUGUCUAAUUUCCUCGUUUUUUUGGGAAAAGGUAUGCUAUAAGUGAGUGCUGUUUCCUUUUGUUUUCUUUGUUUCUUUCAUGCUAGGCUUUUCCUGGCAGCGUGUCCAUUGCAGGCAGUGGACAACAGACCACCAGCAUUGAGCUAAUCCUAUCAUACAGUAGGACCUUUCCUGGAGGGGCCACUUGUCAUUACCUGAGUCAUUUGUACUGAAGGGUGAUAGCCAUUAUUUAUGUGGAUGAGGAAAUGAGUAAGUGGGAUGGUAUUUUUAGGUUUGUAUUUUAUGUCUUUUUUCUUUCUUUCUUUCCUUUUCUUUUUACCUUGCCUUCUUGAGGAAAUGUAUAGAUAACAUGUUUUCACCCCAACUAUUUGGUGCUAUUGAGUGACUAACUCAGUCCCUAAAGUUUUGUGAAAACACAAAAGUCUAAUGAUUUAACCAAGUAAAGAGCUAAUGGUGCAUUUGAACAAGUGAUGUAAGAAAGAUCCAGGCAUGAGCAUGUAAUGAUUGGAAGAUGUUUGGAUUAUUGGCCAAAAAAAUCUUUUCAAUUAAAUGUGAACUUUUCAAUGGCAUUAAAUGAGUAAAGCACACAGACAAUGCUACUCUUGACCACUGUUUUACAGUUUCUUUGCAAACGGUGUUCAGAUUUUCAUAUUUCUUUUUCCCUAAUUAAACCACCAAAGACAGAAAUUUUGUAUGUAUAUACAGUGUGUGUGCAUAUACAAAAUCAUGAUGUGGUAGAAUGCAACUACUUCCUUUUUCUACCAAAUAAUAAGGUUUGGUUUGCUGUGAAAUAAACCACAAGUUUAAAAAACUCAGUAGUGACUAAGCAUACUUAACCAUUCCUUGUUUGUAGUCUCACUUUUAACUUUACAAAUGAAUAUUUGCAUACAUUAAUAUCUGGAAAGAAUAGAAAAUGUUGAUGGCAAACAACAGCUAUUCAGACUGACAUGUUGAAAAGGGUUCAUGCAUGUGUCGUACAGUGUUGACUGGUCAUAGGCAGGUUUGGAUCUAUGGAGAAUUGAUUCAUUUUCAGAUGUACCCCAGUGAAGCAUAAAAAUCACACUUUAAAGGCCACAAUUUUUAAAUUUGAUCCCCUAUUGUUUUGUGCAAAACAUAUCUAAAUCAUAGAUGAAAUUAUUUUAAAAGUGCUAGCAUCUAGAGUUUUCUUUAAACACUAAGCGCAGUUAUUCCAAAAUAAAAAAGUUGUUAUGAAGGGAAGAAUUUUCAUUUCAUCCACAGUGAACAUUUUGGUGAUAAGAAGAACUCUCAAGUAAAAACAAGUAUCUCAUGUGAUACUAAACUAAAUAUUCCAAAGGGAUAAUCUUGCAGUUUAGAAAACUCCAAAUCAUCUAUAAACUUUCUUGGAAAAAAAAAAAAAACACCUCUGUGACUGCUGGUACAGAGUGCUUGCCCUUGUUUUCUUGAUUUUUAUAUAGUUACUUUGAAGGGGAGAAAAGGGGGUCAGACACUUCUUAAAAAUUUGCCUCAGUCACACAGAAUUGAACAGUCAUCAAGCACUUAUGCAUGGGCUAAUGUUAAAUAAAUUAGGGUGCCUUCUUCUGGGUUUUCUUUAGUACCUGAGUCUACACCCUUUCUCUCUCCCCUUGUGUUGUGAACUCAACUCCAUAUUGCAAUACUCUGUUGUUGGGGAAUACAACUUUUACCUGUUUACUGCUGCAGUAGGUCAGAAAUUUCAUUGUUUAAUUUGUUACAAACAUCCACUAUAAUGUUACGUGCAUCUUUUUGAAGCAUGACUCUCUGAAGUUUUUAUAAUCUGACUAGACAGACCUCUAGAUUUCUGGUUUAACAACAGAUUUCUGUUGCCUCUCAGUCUCCAUUCUAGCAGUGCUUUUGAAGUUUAUACAGAAAGCUUUAAAAGUUAGUUUUUGCCCUUGGUUUUUAUUCUUACAACUGCUAAAAUACCUCUGUACGCCUUAUCCUUUAUUCUUUCAUAUGUUGUAUAAUAAAUGUAUAGAAUUCAUUGACCAACUGAAAUGUUGGGUAUCUGUAAAUGAGACCAAAAUGUGGGUUGCUUUUUUCAUAAAAUAAUUUCUAUUGGGGGUUACUGUUAAAUGAACAGCAGCUAACCUAUAACUGUGAAUGCUUCUUGUCGUCAGUAUUUGCAUUACAUUCAUAAAAGUGUGCAAGUCCUGUGACUCCCAGCUUAACUAAAAUACUGUUAUGCCACCUAACUUGAGUACAGCAAACUGGUUUUAGGUUUUAAUGGAAUUGAUGUAAAAUGAUAUCCCAUAAAUAAAGAAGUAUUUGUGUUUGGUUUCUGAA